UCAUUGUAAACAAAAAUGGAGAGGAGUGACUGACGUUUGACACUCAACUGAGAAAAUUCUUGUCAAAUAAUCUCAUGGCUGUGAUAUUUGUAUGAAUAUGGCUUCUGUUAAGGUAGCAGUGCGCGUCCGACCUUUCAAUCAAAGGGAAAGAGAUCUACACUCUACAUGCAUUGUAGAGGUUGAAGGCAAGAAAACAAGACUUAGCAACAGUAAGGCAGCUUUGGGUGAUGGCUCAGAAAACAGAGAACGUGGGAAGGACUUCACCUUUGAUUAUUCAUACUGGUCCCACAAAGAAGAAGAUAGACAUUUUGCACCUCAGGUACAGAUAUAUGAAGAUCUUGGAACAGAUGUUGUAUCCAAUGUUUUACAAGGGUACAAUGCUUGUGUAUUUGCCUAUGGUCAGACUGGAAGUGGGAAGACCUUUACAAUGAUGGGGAGCCAGGCAAAUCCAGGUUUGAUACCAAGAAUCUGUGAAGCUCUGUUCUCAAAGAUGGCUGAAGGCAGGGAAGCUGGAACCACUUACAAGGUAGAGGUGAGCUACCUGGAGAUCUACAAUGAACGAGUGAAAGAUCUUCUUCGACAAGGCAGUGAGAACGCCACCCACUCUUUGCGUGUGAGAGAACACCCAAAACUUGGGCCUUAUGUCCAAGACCUCUCCAAUCACUUGGUUCAUCAGUACUCGGAUAUCCAGGAGUUAAUGGUGAGGGGAAAUUCCAUCCGAACUACUGCAAGUACCCACAUGAAUGAUACCAGCUCUAGAAGUCAUGCCAUAUUUACUGUAACAUUUAUACAAGCAAAACUUCUGUCAGACAUGCCCCUUGAAACACGGUCAAAAAUACACCUUGUUGAUUUAGCUGGCAGUGAACGUGCUGAUGCCACAGGAGCCACAGGUCAGAGGCUCAAAGAAGGAGCACAUAUUAACAAGUCCCUAGUCACGCUAGGCUCCGUCAUAAGUGCUCUGGCUGAACAAGCUGCAAAGGCUACUACAGGAAAGACAGUUUUCAUUCCGUAUAGGGACUCUGUCUUGACGUGGCUUUUGAAGGAUUCUCUUGGUGGCAAUUCAAAAACCAUCAUGAUUGCAACAAUCUCUCCAGCUGAUGUUAAUUAUGGGGAAACAUUAAGCACUUUACGCUAUGCAAAUCGUGCGAAGAACAUUAUCAACAAGCCAACCAUAAAUGAAGAUCCAAAUGUGAAGCUUAUCAGAGAAUUACGAGAGGAGAUAAUGAAGCUCAAGAGCAUGAUUCACGAGUUUUCAGUUCAGGGCAGUAUCCUGGCCACACUGAGUCAGAAGCAAGCCAAAGAAAAGGAACUCACAGAUCAGUGGACAGACUGGAGUGAAACACACACAAUCCUCCAGGAACAGAAGACCCUAGGGUUAAGGAAGGCUGGGCAAGGGGUAAUCCUUGAUUCAGAACGUCCCCAUCUGGUCCUAAUAGAUGACAACCUCCUGACCACAGGAGUCACAUUAUACCACCUUAAUGAUGGCACAACCACCAUAGGAUCUCUGCCAUCACAGGAUAUUAGACUGGAGGGAGGAGAAGUGCUUGAGGAACACUGCACUAUCCACCUGCAUGAGGGGGCAGCGGUGUUAGAAUCCCGGCCAGACGCUCAGUGCUGGGUCAACUCGCAGUUUGUUGAUAAACCCAGUAGGCUCACUCAAGGAUGUGUGGUAGUGCUGGGAGGAAGUCACAUGUUCCGCUUCAACGACCCCCAAGAAGCUGCAAGGCUAAGGAAGGAAGGAAAUAAGACGCACCUUAAUCUCUCCCGCCUGUCCUUCUUGUCAAGAUCUGCCACCGAUCUUGUCAGAUCAUUUGACAAUCUCUCAGGGAUGGACAGUGACUCUGACAAGCAACAGAUGGAUGUCAGCAAUGUGUCCCGUAUGACCAAGAUGUCUAGAUUAGCUGAGGCAGCAGAUUUAUGUGAAAUGUCAACCCAAACAAGUCUGCAUACACACAGCCAGCCAACAACUCCUAUUGGCAGUCAUCUUGAAGGGAGCAUCAGUAACCAUGCUCUCAGAAAAGCCAGCCUGACAUUACCACUGCCAGGAGAUAAGGAAGAUCUAAGAAUGGGAAACAGUUCAGUAAAUUCUACACCAGCCUCAGACACCUUCUACACUGCAACAUCUGUCCUCUCUCCUGACCCUCGUGACCUGAUCUCACCUCUGUCUCCUUUACCUCUUGAUGUCCCUCCCACAGAAAGUGUCAGAGAGAGAAAGGAGUAUAACCAGGGUGGAUAUGGUGCCUUUGUAAAUGAGAAGAGUGAUUAUAUUCUUGAAGUGCCUAAAGAUAAAUAUGUAAGUGGUGAUUUGUCACAAAUGAGAGGAGAGGAACCUUCAGCAAGUGCAGCUAGGAAUCUACCAUAUUCACUAAGGUGUGAUGGGGAGGAGCUUGUCUCUAAGAAUAUCAAAGUAGAUGCAGGAGAGAUUCCCAGAACUCCAGAUUGUGCCAGUGCCAUUGCCAAAGAAAAUCUAGCCGCUUUCCUUACAUCUCCUAUCCUGCAAGUAGAAGGUGAGCGCAUACCACAUGGAUCACCAGUUGUAGGAGGAGCUGCAACGUCAACACCAAUAAAAGUAUCAGGUUCUCAGGGUCGCAGGAAAGGCUCCGUAGAUAGAGUAAGUCAAGCAGAGGCUGAAGACAAAAGAGAAACCCUCACUUCAUAUUCAUACAAGGCAAGUGGGAAUGAGUCUUCCUAUGAGGUAUACAGUGCACCCUCUGAUAGUUGCUCUAGUGACCCAAAUGCCCCUCCUUCCUGUGUUGACAAUAACAAUAGACCGUUAGAUAAUAAUAAUAAAGGUUGUGCAAAUGGAAAUCUAGAAAAUCAGUCUCAAGUCAAUGUUAAUCAAAAGAGUAUUAGCACUGAAGGAUCCUCAGGAACAGAAGAAAAAGCAGUAGUAAACAAAGAAUAUGAGAAGUCUGCAGUAUGGCACUCAGGCCUGGAAGAUGUUUGUGAAAGUAGUGCUCUUAUUUCUCCUGAAGCUGAAGUUGCCAAGGCAUCAGAAGUGCUGCUAAGACUUCGUGAAGGGUCAGAAAAACAAGACACCAGUGUCAGUGAACAGAUUCGUGAACUUGAAACACUAAAACAGCAUUAUUGCAACCUGGAAGAUCAAAUCUUCAGCCAGCCAUUAGGAACAAAGAACACUGCUGCCCCAAAGGACAAGAUGCAAGAAGAUCGAGAAGAAAGGGAAGACAAAGAAAAUGGACACCAUGUUGAAAGACCCACUGAUCUUCCAUUAGACUCUUCACUUUUGCAGGAGGAUAGAUUGGCUCUCCUGAUAGAACGUGAAGUCCAGAGGCGUGUGCUAGAGGAAGUUGUGGCCCGAGAGAGUGCAGCACUAAGCUCGAGAACUAAUGCCAGGAGGAAUUAUAGGUCAAUGAGCACUUCAGUUGAUCCUUGGAAUCUAGGCUUAAGAGUGCUCACCCCUUCAGAAGUGAGGCCAUAUACUUCAAUGAGUGCUGGAUAUGAGAUGGAAGGGGAAGUUGGGAACCACCUUUAUCAGAGUGCUACAUCUGCCGACGACUUGCUUCUAACUCCAGCACCUUUGCAGUCACCCAUGACUGACUAUGAUAUGUCGUGUGGGAUAUGUGUUUGUAUACCCGGCUAUGAGAUGAGAGGAGCUGGAUCUGCAGCACAUUGGGAAUAUGAGGUGAAAAUAGCAGCAGGGAAUGACUCUUGGACAGUAUUCAGAAGAUACAGGCGAUUCAGGGAACUUCAUAUGUACAUGUGUCACAAAUAUGGCCAACCUGUGGAAGAACUCUACUUUCCACCACGGAGGUUAUUUGGCAACUUCACGGAAAGGGUUGUAGCCGAGCGUAGAGGACAGCUUGAGGUUUACCUUCAGCAGCUGAUAGUUCUGUGUGCUGAACUUGAAGGGUCUCCACUGAGCGGCUCCUCUCCCUCUCGGGCAACCUUGGCUGCGUUCUCUCCCUUCUUCCAGCGAGGAGUCUUUGAAUCUUCCAGACAUACAACAAGUUAGAUUAUAGAAGAACAUUGUUAUUUGAAAAGAUCAGUCCUAUAAUAUCUGAUAUUCAAACAUAGAGGAUCUAUUUUGUGAUUUUCAAGGAUAGUGGAUAUGUUUUGUAUGUAUAUACAUGUGGCUGUCUCGGAGGGAAAGAAUCUUAUGCCAAUUUAUUGUUGAAAUUGAAAUUUAGGUUCAUGAGGUUUAAUACAAUGUCGGCUGUUAUUUGGUAUGAAUUGUAUCCAUUCAAGUAUUUGAAUUGUGGCAAUGUUAACGUACUUGCUAAAAAAGAAAAAGAGUAGUAGUCGCUCUGGCAUCAAGUAAAUUCAGAUAAAUUGCAUGUGGAGGAGGAUAUUAGCAUUUUAUGAAGAAAUUCUUGUAAAUUUGUCACUGCUCUGAUGUCAUUAUCAUCAGACCUUGCAUACAUCAGAGCGAAGAUAAUUGUACAAAUACCAAACUGCAUUUAAAUUAUUUGUAUACUAGCAGUAGAUAAUGUUAUUUGCUGACAAUUGAUAUAAGAAAAAUUAGGAAUAAAUAUUGUUACCAUUCAUAAAUCAUACUGUAAAAAAAAUCUCACUCAUGUUGACCAUUCAAUAGUAUCACUAAAGUCAAAUUUCCAUUAUUUUUAAAUCAAAUUAAAUUUCUAAUAUUUUUUUUUAAGAAUAUGUUGGGAUGAAGGGUAUGUACAGGCCUCAGGAAACUGCAGAUUAUGUAAUGAUAGAGAGGCAUAUUGCAUUUAUCUUUCUGAAUAAUUUACAUAUUUGAUUUUCAGAUGAACUCAUUAAGAAUGUUCUUUGAAGAAAUUGUUUACUUUGUGUCUUUUGUGUUGUAUGUCUUCUUGGUAUGGCAAUUACAUUCACUUCAUGUCUCAGGAGUCCACAUCCCUUAAGGAUGCUAACUUGUAUCCCAUGGCUGUUUUGGAGAAAAUAGAUUUGAAUGAUAUUUAUUGAUGAUUGUUAAAAGGAGGUUUGAAAAUUACUAUUCUAAGCAAGCAGUUUAAAUCUGUUAUUUGAAUUGAAAGCAACAGAGAUUAUUUUUGCGAGUUUCAGGGUAGAGUUGUGAUGUGAUGUGAAUGGUCAAGUUCCAGAUUCUCCCAUGAUGGAUUUGUGCCUAAGCCUUUGUAACCAAAAAUAGGUUGUAAUGUGUAUAUAUGAUUUUUCUAUAUAUUUUCUUUAUCAGAUAAAAUGUUUGUGAGGUUAACCUAAAAAUCAAAACCAAAAUAAUAUUAUUACUGGUAUAUUUUUUCAAUAGUUCACUAAACCAUGUCUCUCCUACAGUCUUUUGUUUUAUCCAAACUGAGGAUAUACAGCACUGUAAUCAGAGAAAUUUAGCAAUAAUUCGAGGGGGCUUUGGCACGUGAAAAAAGCUGUUUUGAUUUAGCAUUAGGACGAUUUUUUUCAGAUAUAUAUAUAUGGCUACCAUUUUCCAAGCAGUGUGGUCUUUAAUCGAUCUUGUUAUUUUUCCCUGUGCCGUGUUAUCAAUACUUUUUGGAAGGGAAGGAAAAUGAAACUUGUGACAUGAUUGUGAUGAUAUGAUACACAUAUCCAGUGUUCAGCUGCUUGAGUAUCCUGCAUUUUUUAUUUUUGUAUCUACAUCAUUGUAAAUUGGUCUCUCUGCAUGUUUGUCUCCAUGUCUGUAUGUCUGUUUUUCCAUCUGUAUACAUUUAAUAAUGUGUUUAUCUAUAUACCCAAACUGUAUGCUGUUACUUACAAUGUUUGUGACUGAUUCUGCUCUAAAUUUAACAAAUAUUUUGUGUUCACAUAAAUUCUGUUUUUUA